AUGCCUCCUAAAUCGAGAUUUACAAGGCUUGACGCCUUUACCAAGACGGUUGAUGAGGCGAGAAUUCGAACCACAAGUGGUGGCAUUGUCACCAUUGUGUCACUUCUCGUGGUCCUGUUCCUAUCAUGGGGCGAAUGGGCAGAAUACCGUCGCAUCGACAUACAUCCCGAAUUGAUUGUGGACAAGGGAAGAGGCGAGCGCAUGGAAAUCCACCUCAACAUCACAUUCCCCAAUAUGCCCUGCGAGCUGUUGAGUCUCGACGUUAUGGAUGUCUCUGGCGAGCAGCAGCACGGCGUUAUGCACGGUAUCAACAAAGUCCGUCUCCAGCCCGCGAACAAAGGCGGCGCCGUUAUCGAUACAAAGUCCCUCCAGCUCCAUGACGAUGCCGCCCACCACCUCGAUCCCACAUACUGCGGUGGCUGCUACGGCGCUCAGCCUCCCGCCAAUGGAGAGAAGGCUGGCUGCUGUCAGACUUGCGACGAAGUUCGUGAAGCUUAUGCUCAGGCCUCAUGGGCCUUUGGUCGUGGCGAGGGAGUUGAGCAGUGUGAGCGCGAACAUUAUGGCGAGAAGCUGGAUGCGCAGCGCGAUGAGGGCUGCCGUAUUGAAGGAGGCCUGCGCGUGAACAAGGUUAUUGGUAACUUCCAUUUCGCACCCGGCCGAAGUUUCAGCAGUGGCAACAUGCACGUUCACGAUCUUAAGAACUACUGGGACGUGCCCAAGGGCCACUCGCACGACUUUACACACACUGUCCACUCUCUUCGUUUCGGUCCUCAGCUUCCCGAGAGUGUUGCUCGCAAGGUCGGUGCCAAGGGUUCGCUCUGGACCAACCACCACCAGAACCCCCUUGACAACACUCACCAGGAGACUCACGACCCCAACUUCAACUUUAUGUACUUUGUCAAGAUCGUGCCCACUUCUUACCUUCCUCUAGGCUGGGACAGCAAGGGCAUUAAGAUCGCCGGCCUCCUGCAGGACGACAACGCUGGCCUGGGAGCUUACGGUUAUGCCGAGGAUGGCAGCGUCGAGACUCACCAGUAUUCUGUCACCAGCCACAAGAGAAGUCUUGCUGGCGGUAACGAUGCCGCCGAGGGCCACGCAGAGCGCCAACACACUAGCGGUGGUAUCCCUGGUGUCUUCUUCUCAUACGAUAUCUCGCCCAUGAAGGUUGUCAACCGUGAGGAGAAGGCGAAGAGCUUCAGCGGAUUUUUGGCUGGACUUUGCGCCAUUGUUGGUGGAACCCUUACUGUUGCUGCUGCUGUUGACCGAGGUCUGUUUGAGGGAGCGUCACGUAUCAAGAAGAUGCGAACUAAGGACAUGUAA